ACAAAACGUGAAUCCAUAGUGUUGUUACCAAAACCCAUUAGUGUAGCGACAAGUGUCCUUUGACAUCCUUAUAAUUCUCGUCAUCUCGGAAAAACUUUGUAUCAACAACAAACAUAAACAUACUAAUGGAGUUUCCACACCACCACCAGCAUCAACGUCACCACCAACGCGACGACGGCGAAGACGAUCGUCACUCCUUCGGGCAACCACCGCCACGCGUUGAUGCUCCUCCACAACCUCAUGGCCUUUACCAGUCACAACCUCAUUUUGAUCCCUACGCGCCUACUCCAUCUCCGGCGCCUUACCGAUCAGAACCUCAAUUCGAACCCCACGCGCCUCCGCCUUACCGAUCAGAGCCUUACUUUGAAGCUCCGGCACCACCGCCUGCGUUUGGUCAUGUGAGUCAUGUCGGUCACCAAUCCUCCAACGAAUCCUACCCACCGGAACACCACCGUUACGGAGGUUAUCCACCGCCGUCUAAUUCGAUAUUGGAAAGCCACGGAGACCACUCUGGCGUCACGCACGUGGCUCACCAUAGCUCAAAUCAGCCCCAAUCGUCUCCUGGUGUCUACCACCGCCCUGAUGAGAAUCGUCUGCCUGAUAAUCUUGCCGGACUCGCCGGAAGGGCGACGGUGAAGGUGUAUUCGAAGGCUGAGCCUAACUAUUAUCUGACGAUCAGAGAUGGUAAGGUCAUCCUCGCUCCAGCCGAUCCAUCUGAUGAAGCACAGCAUUGGUACAAAGACGAGAAGUAUAGUACUAAAGUGAAGGACGCAGACGGUCAUCCUUGUUUUGCUCUUGUAAACAAGGCUACUGGUGAAGCAAUGAAGCAUUCUGUGGGAGCUACCCAUCCCGUGCAUCUGACUCGAUAUGAUCCUGAUAAGCUUGAUGAGUCUGUACUAUGGACAGAGAGCAAGGAUUUGGGCGAUGGAUAUCGCACGAUAAGGAUGAUAAACAAUACAAGGCUAAACGUGGAUGCAUAUCAUGGUGACAGCAAAUCUGGUGGUGUCCGUGAUGGCACGACUAUUGUCCUCUGGGACUGGAACAAAGGCGACAACCAGCGCUGGAAGAUCUUUCCUUUUUGAAAAUUGGUGUCUGGAGUGGUAAAAAGUGGUCUGUGUGUGUUUUAUGAAUAAGAAAGAAACAAAACUCAGAUUUGUUCAUUGUUUGUGUCUUUGUAAGACUUGAUGGCAUCUGUAAUCUAUCUUACUUGUAUUCCAAAGUAUGCGUUUUUAUAGAUACAUACACUUGUGUACAUGUGGUUUAUAAUUUGUUCUAAUCUAUUUUGAGAUCUUUCAUUUU